GGAAAGUUUCCCAAGUGGUAAGGCCGUUUCGUUCCUUAUAAACUUUUUUUUCUGUAGUUUUUUAGAUUUAAGUAUUCAAGAUGCAACUCCCGAGGCAUCAUGACCUAGUGUGCUCUGAUAGCACCAGCAUAAACCAGACGGUCCUUUUCCACCAGUUCUCCUGUGUCAGGGCAACCCUUGGUCUGCCUCUGAAGAGACAUGGAGCCCAAGGGAGUCUAGGAGCUGAGCGGGACCAGGGGGUUCUGGUUACGAGUCCAAGGAGUGAGGCUGACCACAAUAUGGAGGAGCUCUCCUUGCAGUCAAGUCAGAGUCUUCCACUCAAGGAGCGAAAGAGCGUCCUGCAGCUCAGACUCCAGCAGAGAAGAACACGGGAGCAGCUUGUAGACCAGGGCAUCAUGCCACCACUGAAGACUCCUGCUGUGUUUCAUGAACAGAUCCGAAGUCUGGAGAGAUCCAGGACUGAAAACUUCCUGAAGCACAAGAUUCGUAGCAGGCCUGAUCGUGCUGAGCUUGUCCGUAUGCAUAUUCUGCAAGAGACCCAGGCAGAACCCUCACUGCAGGCUGCCCAGAUGAAACUGAAGAGGGCCCGGCUGGCCGAUGACCUCAAUGAGAAGAUUGCCCAGAGGCCUGGCCCAUUGGAGCUGGUACAGAAGAACAUCCUACCUGUAGACUCUAGCGUUAAGGAGGCCAUCAUUGAAGAGGCGAACUCCCGGAAGACCCUGGACGUGUAUAACUUUGAUGAGGACAGCAGCGAAGCACUGUCUCCAGAGAACCCAGACAGUCAGGAAUCUCAAUGCUCAAUCCCGUCACCCAGAGAGGCCAAGCUACCAGAGAUCUCUGCUUCUCCAAGCCCUGGUGCCAACUCUCAGCUCUGUCCACCUAUGUCCCAGGGCUCAGAUCAGGUCCACUCUCAGAUCACUGCUGCUUCUAGGCUGGCCGCCAUUGCUGCCCCUACCAAACCUGGCCCCACUCUUGUGAAGCAAAGCCAGCCCAAACUGAGCAGUGAGAAGAGCCGCAAAAAGAGCAAGGAGCCCAAACCAAGGGUGCGGACACUGAAGUACCACCAGUAUGUCCCACCAGACCAGAAGCAGGAGCCCAGCGAGGCGCACAUGGACUCAGCCUAUGCCCCGCCCUGCUGCAGCAGCAGCAGCCACUUCCUGCACCUCCAAAUCCUCAGCCAGCAGCAGCACAGCUACCAGGCCAUUUUACCAUCCCCCUGCAGGUGUGUGCCAGUGCCAGAGUAUGUGACAGCACCAGUGUCUGUACUGUGCCAGUGUCUGUACCUGUGCAGUGCCAGCAGUUCGGCCCUGUGCUUCCACGAUGCCCUCCUGCACCUUCGGGUCAGAUUAGAGUUUUUCCAUUCACCUCACUGUCGGCUGGAGCACAGCUCCGACCUCUGCUCACCAUUGUGGUAUAUCGGGUCUGACGCUUGGAUUAAGGACCGUGAGCGGGCAUGCCCUCCACCUCCUGCCGUAGUGUCGCCGCCCUGCACCAAUCUCACACGGCCUAACCACACCAGCAGCAGCCGCAAGCCUAGCCCACUGCCUGCUAACCUGGAUGAGAUGAAGGUGGCUGAGCUGAAAAUGGAGCUGAAACUUCGUGGCCUUCCUGUGUCUGGAACGAAAACGGAUCUCAUCGAGAGGCUCAGGCCAUUCAAGGAGAGCAUCACCACCUCCAGUGGCCAGCCUGCCACAAUCGUGAACAUCACCGUACUGACAACCAGUGAGCAGCCUGAAUGCCUGAGCACAACUCCCCCAGUGUCCCCGGUAACUUCAGAGGAGACAGCGGUGUCAGGGACCCUGCCUCUGAAAGCGGAGGAGGCAGUGGAAGCCCAAGUGUCUGAGAAGGACCAGCGUCUCCAUGAGAAGGACAAACGUCUCCAUGAGAAGGAGCGCCAGAUCAAGGAGCUGAUGCGCAAACUGGAGCAGGAACAACGCCUGGUGGAGCAGCUGAAGAUGCAACUGGAGGUGGAGAAGAGGAGCCAGCAGGGGGCGACGCAGCAGGCUGAUCCGGCUCCCCCAGCUCUAAUCAAACAGGAGCGCGAGGCCUUGCCUGGCUGCAGUUCUACUCAUUGCCCUCUGGGGGAACCCCCGGCAGGGCUAAAGCAGGAACCCCAGUCACAUGUGCAGCAGUUCUAUGUGGGCCCUACGCAGGUGCCACUGAGGCUGCAGCAGCCCCAAACGGUGCUCACUCAACCAGGUCACGUCCUGUUCACCCCAGCCCUCCAAGGGCCAAGCACAUCCACUGCACAGACGGAGCCGGUUCUCCAAACUGCGCCGUCCAACCCGACCAAGGACACCCAACAGAAUUCACUGCUGAAAAUAGAGAAUGCAGCAUUAGAGCAGCACAGUCAUCCAGCUCAGGCUGCACCUCAGGCAAUGUCCCUGGUGCACCAGCACAGAUUCAGCAUACCAGCCGGGCUAAAGGAGAGCCAGCCCAAUGAUGUGGCCCAGUGUUUCCUCACCAACUCCCCAGAUUCCUGCUCUCCCAGGGUCUCGCCAGGACACUCUGCCCCUAAUGGCCUCACCACCAAAUGUCCAUCACCUCACCCGCCUGUUUACAUCCUACCACCAUCUCCGUUCACUAACCAUCACAGCCCCAAAAGCAAAGACCCACCCCGCUAUGAGGAGGCUGUAAAACAGACCAGAGCACUUCAGGCUACCAUGCAGGUUCCUACUGCAACUAGCCAGCACAUGGAUGAUUUGUUUGACGUCUUGAUCGAGAGUGGCGAAAUCUCCCCCCUGAUCCAGCAAGAUCCACUCUCCUUGGACACGCUACUGCCUGUGACAGCAUGCGUGACCACCCUCCCUGUCAACACUGUGCUUUCACGGCCUCCUGCGCAAGUCCAGGUGGCCCGCAUCCCCUGUCCUACCCCAGAACCUUUGCCCAGCCUGGUGGCGCUGGCCACAGAGCACCAGCUGGAGGCCUUGCUGGAGAGUUCGCUCUCAGCAGAGGCUGAGCCCCGUGCCCUCCAACUGAUGGAUGAGCUGCACAGCCAGCUCCUGGAGCCUAACUCCUCCGUAGACACCAGUGAGCUGGGGUUCUCCCCCUCACCACCGCCGGCGCCCCUCCACCCUGCACGACCCACCCUGGAGCACAUGGAGUGGCUGGACCUGACCGGACCUGGACCAGUGGGCAUCUCUGCAGUCGCUGGUGUCUUCUCCUCUGAAUUCUUGGACACGCGUGAUCUGCACUGGAACUGAGGGGAUGACCACACAGUUUCUGACACAGGCCUGAGCAGAUAUUCGAACCGACCUAGACAUGAUUAAUGCACUGAGUACUAAAGAUCUCUUGCAGAUGCUACAGAAUUGUUGCAGUGCACAUGCUAGACACUGACCGUGAGCAGUUAAGCACCUGCUCUUUUCAUCUAUACCAGAUAUCCUUAAGAUCUUGUGCACUAAUGAGUAUGUUUCAAGACAGAAAGAAUGUUGGAUAUUUUUGUAAAUUAUUUUCUGAUAUUUUCAAGGUAGUUUUAUGUUACAGACUCACAUGGCUUUGGCAGCUUUUGUGUCAUUAUUGAAAAAAACCUUAUAGAAUGUUUUAGAAUUAUGGCUUAGCAUAUUCCUUUUGAAAUGUCAGAUACAUUCUGUUACACUCUGUUAUCUCAUUUCCUUGACCUUCUUAUGUCAAUGGCACAUGGUUUAUUGUGCAUUUUUGUAAUCGUGUCCAAAAAGUCCCUAUUUUAACAUUAGUACUGUGGUCAGCACAAGAAUAUUUAUGCAUAAAAUUUGGCAACUAAAGUUUUACAUUAGCAUCUACUCCUCAUUGCAUGGAGUCAUGCUGGCAUGUCAUUGAGGCUUACAAUGCCAAAGCACUGAACACAUUCUUGAGUUUCCUUUUGCUGUGAAGGCCUUAAGCUCCUGGGUCAUAGCCACUCAGAGUAGGAGUGCUAGGGACCCUCAGCUUGUCAGACAUGCAGUAUUCCUGACAACAGCACGCCUGCUCUGCUAGGGUCAUAAUGAGUUUGCCUACCAAGUCCAGCUUGGGGUCACUGUACAGAGAACUAAAGAGCCUACUUGUGUGAUCAAGGCUAGCCAGGCCAUAUUCAUCCUCAGCAGAAGGGAACGUGAACAGUGUAAGCCCAGCCUCUGUGUGGGUACAGAGCCAUUACUGAUCAUUUAAAAGAAUAUUCAUGUUGUUUAGCAGGAGUGCUGCUUUCAGCAGGAAUUGUGGACCAGAGUAAGAACUGCUGCACUAAUAGCUUUGGGAACAAAGACCAGUGGUAUAUUUGUAAUAUUUCUGAUGGAUGAGGCAUGAGAACUUGGAUUACUUGGAGCCACAGUGUGUCUUGGUGCUAAUGUUGCUGAUUCACAAAGAUCUUAAGCAUUAAAUGAAAUUUAAGAUUAUCUGUAAUUAAUUACUUCAUUUUAUAUAAAAAUGGUCUUUAGAAAUCUCUCUUACCCUUUAUGGUAAAAUGUGAAAAUAUAGCACCACCUCGUGGAAAUACUGAAAACAGACAUUUGAAUGAGCUAGGAUGAACUGGUGAACUGUUUGUUUUAGCUACAGUAUUAUUUGGCUUUGGCUUGGCAGCUAGGAAGGCUGGUAGUAUGUUGACCAUAAUCUGUUAUCUGAAAAUGCCACUGUAUGCUUAUUGAAAGCUGGCUUUCAAGUGGUGCCAAAUAUGCAGCAGUUUACCCGUAUCUAGAAUACGUAUCUGAACAAUCUAUUCACUAUUUACCACACAUUCAAACCUAUGAUAUGUAAUGUAAUGUGCUGAAUGUAAUUUACAUAAUGAUUUGGAUGUAUUUCAGCCUUCUGCCAAAGAGGGAAUGAACAGAUUACUUUUUUUUCUUAUCUCAUGCACAACAUAGAUAAUGUUGAGCCUUUGAAAAAACAUUCCUGUAAAUUCCCUUUUACAAUAUAUAUUUACAAAGGACACUUCUCAAAGAUCAGCAAACACAUUCUCCUUUAUUUAUGCUGUUGGGAGUUAAAGGUUUUCUAUUGGACAGCAUGUAGACCUUCAUCAGAAACACAGCAGGCUUCCUGUCUACAUCCAGUCGCUACUGUGUGCAACAUUACAAGUUAUUACAGACCGAGGUCUUUCAACACUUUCAGGUCCCAUUAUGCAAAAAUGAGUACAUGCUGGAAAACCUUUCAAUAAUAGCUGAUAAAACUUGGUAUAUAGUUUGACUUUGUAGAAUACAAUACAUCUUUUUGCACAGUGUAAAUAUUUCUUUAUAUUCAGUUUAUAACUUUGGCACAUAUGCAACUGUAAAUAAUUGUUUUUGUACAUAUGUUUAUUGUAUAUACAGACUUGCACCAUUAAAAAAGGAACAGAC